AUGACUACUGAUGGUGAUGAUAUUCAUGUUCAACAUCUGUUUCCUGAUAAACUUGUGAUCUCAGCAGCUGAAUGUAAUAAACAACCGAUUGUCGACACAUUACUUGAUACUAUUAUACCAUCGUCUACACCAGUCUCCAUUCUUGAAAUUGCUUCUGGCACUGGUCAACAUAUUGUUCACUUUGCAGCUCAUUUUCCUCUUGCUAAUUUUCAACCAUCAGACUGUGAUCCAAAAUAUUUAAAAAGUAUUCAAGCUUAUAUUGAUGAAUAUGAAGUAGAUGCAUUUACAAAAAAUGUAGCAGCGCCUAUAUCGAUCGAUCUUCUCUCACCAGCUCCCAUUGAUGAUGAAUCAUUUGAUUUUGUCUAUUGUUCGAAUCUUAUUCAUAUCACACCCAUAGAAUGUACACAAGGAUUAUUUAAAUUAGCUGGACGAGUUUUAAAACCUGGAGGUGGUUUAAUUACGUAUGGAGCAUAUGCCUUACCAGGUGAUGGACGAAUUACACCAGAAAGUAAUCGACGUUUUCAUGCUCAUCUUCAAAUGCAAGAUUCACGAUGGGGUUUAAAAGGAAUUGAUGAAUUGAAAGCGAUUGCUAAACAUCAUCAACUUGAACUCAAAGAAACAUUUGAUAUGCCAAUGAAUAAUAAAAUUUUAUGGUGGAAUAAAAGACAAGAUUUAUGA